UUUAACAAACCCACUCAUAGUUGUAGUCACAGUUCAUGAAAGAUUGACACCAACAGUCAUUCCUAUCUAAUUUGAAUAGUAGGAUUUACUUAAUUAUGUUUACUAAAUUGUCUGUUAAUUUACAUGCUAAAUCCCUCAUUUGAAAUAAUCUUUAGAUUUUCUAAUAAUGUAUUGGUUUAUAUUGAUCUGCUUAUUAUUUAUUCUCUAUUUCAGUUUUGUGUCUGCAUGUAAAACACACUUCUUUCAACAUGAGAAGCAUUCUUUGUGUUAUCUUGUGCUUAGGUACUAUCAGUUUGGCUAUUUCAACUCAUGCCCUUGUUCAGUAUGUGCGACUGGGCAGCAAAGUUACGAUACCAUGUGAAGGUUAUGGUGAUCGCAGAACUGGAAAGUGGUUGCACAGAAAUGAUGACAAUGGGUUUGUGAUUAUUGCUCAUGAAACGUUUGGCUUCAUUUUCCAAAGCAAGCAUUUGUCAACAAGGAAAAAGGCUACCAGGAACUUUUCUUUAGAAAUCAGUCCUUUCACUGAGCUGGACAAGGGGACAUAUGUUUGUCAAGUGUGCAGAUCAGAGAGAUGCACUGAUGGCAAACCACUAACCUUAUUACCUCAGUUUGAUGUAUCUUCUGCAGCAUUAAGUACACUGUUUGUUAUAGAAGAUGAUCCAUUCAGUUAUAGCUGUCUCUACAAUUUAACCCUGAAUGCGGACUGGAGAUUUGAAGCAUUUGGAGAACAAAAUGCCAUUUCUGUAAAUGGUGAAUUUACUGAUAAAAAUGUUCUGCUCAUUCCGGAUGUUCAGCCAACUAAUGCUGGCAAGUACAGUUAUUGGGGUGAGACAUCAACUGGACAACAGCAGAGAAUGUGUUCUGUAAAUCUGUGUGUACUUUCAGUCAAAGCUGAAAAGCUGACUGAUUCGCCACAGAACUGUACCCUAUACUGUGAUGCAGAUAUGGAUGCAAAUCAAGGAGGCAUGGCUGUUGUAGGAACAGAUAAGUGGAAUAUCUCAGUUUCUGGUAGAGUGAAUAAGCCAAAGAGCUCUUUGAGUUGCAGGCUGCUAAGUAGUGAUGGGGAAACACACACUUUCAGCCUUCAGGAUGCCACUACUGCUGUUCAGGCAGAUGCCAUUUCAUCCAUAACUACAGACAAGAGCAGCACUUACCCAGUAGCUGCAUUAAUAAGCACAUCUACAGCUUUUCUUUUCAUCGUGCUGAUAGCUCUUUUUAUACUUUUAUGUGUUUUACGACAAAGGGCAGACAAAAACUCUAGUAGAAGUGCAAAUAGACAUUUAGAGGGGGAAGUUGAGUCUCAGGUGAUUUAUUCUUCUCUUCAGUUUGAAAGAUAUAAACAACAGAAUGUCAUUACCUCUGACACUGAGUGUGUGUACAGUCAGAUUAUUGUUUCUAAUAGUAUUUGAUUAUUAUGUUGGUUGGCCUGAAUUAAUAAUGUUCAUUGCAAUACAAAUUAAUCUUUUAGCACUAUUGUGAUGUCAGAUUAUCGUGUUGACUAUCUGCUAAAGUGGUAUCUGUCACACGUUUUACCCUUGCUUGCUUUAGAACAUAAAAAGUAUUUUUUGGAUCAUAUCUUAUACUCAGUAUACUCUGUAUACUUAUUUUCAUAAAUGGCUGGGUAAAUCUGUGCACAUUAAACACUACCCUGUAUAAAAUAUUUUACUUUGCUUUUUUUCACACAGUUUCUUUAUGGCUUUUCUCUAGUUUCUUUAUCAAAAACAUUCCAGUAGCCAGUAUUAUGUGAAUUAUUUAAAGUUGGUGGAUUAUAUAGGUGGAUUCUGUACUGUUUGCAUUUUCCAUACUCUUACUAUCUGUAGCAUAACAUGUUUCUUAUUUUGCCUAUUUUUUUAUUCAAUUUUUUAUUGGGUUAUUUAUUUGCAAAGUGUAAUAAGGAGUUUUCACUUUAAGUUAUAUACUGUUUGUAACUGUUUAUCUGACAAAUAAAAUUUUGAAUCUCGAAGUUUCCAUGAAAUAAGUUAAUUUGAAACAAAAUCAAUAUUCAAGUUAAAGAUGUGUGAAGCUGUAGGAGGUGGUUUAGUUAUGUUGUAGUGGCUUUCUCUCCCCAUACCUUUUGUUGCUGCAUCAUUGUAUUAUACAUUGUAGUAUUAUUCCCUGGUGGGAGUAAUACUACAAUCCUGUUAUUAAUCACAACGUGUGCAGUCUUGACAUUGCACAUCGUAGGUUGGAUGUGCUACAACACUUUAAAUGUAGUGUUAAUGUUACUCACGUUAUUCACACAUUCCACUCAAGUGGACUUGAACAGUGAGUAAACAAUGUAAAGAAAAUAAAGCAUGUGACUAUCGGCAAUCCCCCACACCUCACAUCUCAUACCUCCUCUGUGUCCCAUACUGCUUGUAAGCCAUAGACUGCAACAUAUGUGUCAGAUACUGUGCCCACUUUAUUAUUAUUGUUUACAUAAAAGUUCUCACAAAUUAUAAGACUAUAAAUAUAGCAUAUGAAAUUAAAACAGAUUCAUAUUAAUUAUGCUAAUAGUACUUAU